AUUCUUCUCGUCUCCGAGAGUCCUACACAGAGGCAGUUCGCACUCCACUCCGCCAGCCAUAUCGCAUCCACACAUACCGCGUGAGGCUCGCUCGCACACCCUCGUCUCGUACAAGUGCCAGACACGACGAGCCUUGCUUUUCUUUCGCCGCUUGGGCUCAUCGAUCUGCGCAUCGCAGAGUCUCAGGAACAAGGUCCAGAUCCGACCGACGUCAUUGGCGCUCCCGGACUGUGAGUCUGCACCUCCGUCUGCACGUCGCGGCCGGCGCAGCAAACCACCAAAAAUCCUCCAGCCGCAAAGAAUCGUGUUUAUUAGGUGAAAUCACCACGCCCACUGUGUGCGCAGCACAUCUUCCCGCAACCUUGAGCACGUAGGAAAUAUGGCGGGCCAACAGCCCCUCGAACAGAUCGGCACCUUGCCAGACCGAACGCUGAGCGUAAAUGGCUUCAACGGUCAAACCAACGGCUCCGCGCCUCACAAUAAGAUUCUCGAGCAGGUGAUUCGCACACCUGGUCGAGAGCCUUCUCCUCAGCCCACUCAUCUCACUGUCCCUGGUAGCGGAACCCACACUCCCCGCAUACUGACCGAUCGAGGUUCGGGAUAUGAGGCACCCAAGUUUGAGGGCAAGAAUGAGCAGAAAGAAAAAGUCAUGGACCUCCUCGAGGCAAAGGGCUUCAUCCCAGAGGAUCUCAUCGAAGACGAGGCCAAUUGGUUCUACAACGAGAUGGGAAUCGACGACUCGUAUUUCCAGACCGAGAGCGUCGAAGCCAUUGCAAACAACAUGCUCUCUCUGUACGCUAGCAAAGUUGCUGCAUAUGCGCGACAGAGUGGAGAACCAGAAGUCAAGCUGCAGAAGGAGCACAGUGAUCACGCUCUCUACAUCGACACCAGCAAGCCUGGUAUCACGGUCACAGAUGGUACGCUCUACGAGCAGAGGAUUGACACCAAGUACCUGAACGGUUCGAAUCCUCAGCGCGCGUAUCGCCUCGAGUCUUUCCGUGCAUCCAACACGGGUGCUAACCAAGAGAUGUCGUUACGCUGCUACUUUUUGUAUCUCUGCGAGUUUGCCAAUCCAAAUCCGCCGGAAGGAGAGACAAGACUCGAUAUUGUGGGCGCCAAGAGCUUCCUUCAAAAAGCCUCCAAGAACACGAAGGAGAUCUACCAAGAGAUUUUGGACCAAGUCGUUCUGCGGACUGGUCCAGUCAUCGAAUAUUUUGAUAUUGAAGGCACUGAUGAGAAGCGCCUGGUCGUUGCGUACAAGCAAGGCACAGCCCUUGGCUUUUUCAGCGCCCUGAGCGAUCUUUACCAUUGGUAUGGUAUGACUUCGACGCGUAAGUACGUCGAGCAGUUCUCGAACGGAUACACCGUCAUGAGUCUGUACUUGAAGCCCGUGCCAAAUCAUCCUCGUCUGAUGCCCUCGAAUCAGGCGAUUCGACAAAUUGUCAAGGAGGUUUCACUACUGUACUGCAUCCCGCAGAACAAGUUCCAGCACCACUUCAUCUCCACCAAGAGCAAUCUCCAGGAGACUAUAUACGCUCAUUGCGUCUGGGUAUUCGUCACCCAUUUCCUCAACCGUUUGGGCACCGAAUAUCAUGCCUUAGCUGACAUUCUGGACCCGAACGACAGUUCUCACCAGGAGCUGCUGAGCUCGUUGAAGAAGCGCCUGCGUUCGGAGACCUUCACCACGGAAUACAUUUUCGAGAUCAUUAACCAAUAUCCGGAUCUAGUUCAUGCUUUGUACCUGAAGUUCGCUCAGACGCAUUAUCCCGAGAUCCCGAGCAUCAAUGACGAUUUCUUGCCGACGUUGAGCUACCUGCGUCUGAAGAUCGACAGGAUCCUGACGGAUGAGGAGAUGAAGAAGACGAUCGAAGAGACUGUUGUCAACGAGCAUCACCUGAUUGUGAUGCGGUCCUUCCAAAUCUUCAAUAAGGCAGUGCUGAAGACGAAUUUCUUCACCCCGACCAAGGUCGCUGUCAGCUUCCGCCUUGACCCUAGCUUUUUGCCAAAGAACGAGUACCCUCAACCACUGUACGGCAUGUUCCUCGUGAUCGGCUCCGAAUUCCGCGGCUUCCAUCUCCGUUUCCGAGAUAUUGCCCGUGGCGGCAUUCGCAUCGUCAAGUCCAGGAGCAAGGAAGCCUACAACAUUAACGCUCGGUCGAUCUUCGAUGAGAACUACAAUUUGGCGAACACCCAGCAAAGGAAGAACAAGGACAUUCCGGAAGGUGGCUCCAAGGGCGUCAUUCUCCUGGAUCCGCGACAUCAAGAUAAGACGCGCGGCGCCUUCGAGAAGUACAUUGACAGCAUCUUAGAUCUCCUCCUGAAAGCAGCAUCUCCUGGUAUCAAAGAUCCCAUCGUGGACUUGUACGGAAAGGAAGAGAUUUUGUUCAUGGGUCCUGAUGAGAACACAGCUGAUCUAGUUGAUUGGGCCACCGCACACGCUCGCCAACGAGGCGCCCCAUGGUGGAAGUCAUUCUUCACCGGAAAGAGCCCCAAGCUUGGCGGUAUUCCACACGAUAAGUACGGCAUGACUACUCUAUCUGUUCGCCAAUAUGUCGAGGGCAUCUACAGGAAACUGCAGCUUGACCCUAGCAAAAUCCGGAAGCUGCAGACAGGUGGACCGGACGGUGAUCUUGGCUCUAACGAGAUCUUACUUGGCAACGAAAGCUACUACGCUAUCGUUGAUGGCUCUGGUGUUCUUGUCGAUCCCCACGGCAUAGAUCGGGAGGAGCUACUUCGCCUUGCCAAGAGUCGUGUCAUGAUCUCGCAGUUCGACACUUCUAAGCUCUCAAAGGACGGAUAUCGUGUGCUCGUUGAUGAAACCAAUGUGAAGCUACCCAAUGGAGAAAUCGUCCACAAUGGAACGACUUUCCGUAACACGUUCCACCUUCGAAAACCGGAGUACGAUAUAUUUGUGCCCUGUGGAGGUCGUCCAGAGUCUAUUGACCUAAGCACGGCUGGCAAACUCAUCGAUGCAGAUGGCAGAUCAUUGGUGCCAUAUAUUGUUGAAGGCGCCAAUCUGUUCCUCACGCAAGAUGCCAAGCUACGUCUCGAGAAGGCUGGCUGUAUUCUGUACAAGGAUGCCUCUGCUAACAAGGGUGGUGUCACUUCCUCCUCUCUCGAGGUGCUUGCAGCGCUUGCCCUAGACGAUCAGACCUUCAUUGAACACAUGUGCAUGAAGGAGGAUGGUACCAUACCACAGUUCUACCAGGAUUACGUCAAGGAGGUGCAGAGGGUGAUCAAGGAGAAUGCCACUCUAGAAUUUGAAGCUAUCUGGAGAGAACACGAAGCAACUGGUGAACCACGAUCAAUUCUGAGUGACACACUUUCGGUGGCUAUCACCAAGAUGGACGAAGAACUCCAAAAGUCUGAGUUGUGGGACGACGUCACUUUCAGACAUUACAUUCUGAGCGAGGCACUUCCAAACCUUCUGCUCGAGAAGAUUGGUUUGGAAACCAUUCUCAAGAGGGUACCCGACAACUAUCUACGGGCCAUCUUUGGCAGCUAUCUCGCUUCUCGUUUUAUCUACAAGUGCGGCAUUCACGCUAGCCAGUUCGCCUUCUUCUCCUAUAUGAAUGAUCGUAUGAUGAAGGCCAGGGGUCAACACAAAUAAUGAAUUGUAAAGGAUGCAAUGAGACUAGGUGGUCCUUAUCUUUCUGUAGAUUUUUGGCUGAUAUUUAAUGACAUCUUAUACCGCGAUUUACUAGACACGGUAUUGUGCUCAGGCACAGGCGGAUUCUAUGGCAUAGAAAAAAAUAUAGGUCCUUAAAAAACACCCUUUUGGGUAAAUUCAAGUAUCGCUGAUCACAUACAUGUCCUAUAGAUACAUCGUGAACAUACCUUCGCUGAAAUUAUGCGCUCUGAACUGAAGUAAAGGACGGAUUACUAAGCAAAUGCCAAGAAUGUUCCCUUAGCAAUCUUCUCUCAUUAAUUUUCCCCUUAAAAAGCUCAGCGGAUCUCGUCUUCACGCUCAACGAGCAUAACAAGAAGAGCGUGUGACGAGAUGAACGCAUUGACUCAAUUGUCAAACUUUGCUAACAAUGCCGUCGCGGUUGAAAAGACGCUUCGGUUGGCACAGGCAGCCACUUUGAUUGGUGCGAAUGUUCAUGAAAACUACAUCACUUCCUACGUGACAGCCAGGGAUCAAUUCAACAUUUCGCGUCGAUAUCUUCGAAUUUUCAAAUGGAUCGAUAGCUUCAACGACGUCUUUGACUCAAUGUCCGGCUCGAAGCCCGGCGUGGUGAAACUUCUCGAAAGUUCGAAGUCGACCUUUCUCGGCCUUUAUUUCCUGCUGGAGAUGAUCACGCUCGGCGACGCGAUGGGCGUGACGCAGCUAGAGCUGGGCCCCUUCUUAGUGACACAGGCCAGCAGGUUCUGGUUUUAUGCACUGCUGUUCAGUAUCCUCCAAGGCAUCUGGGAGGGCUUGUUCGUGCCGGACGCUCAGCAGAAACUGGCCGCCAAGAAGGCGAAACGAGGUGGAAAGGGGUCUGCUGAGAAGGCGGUUACCCAGAGCACUCGGCAGGGGCUGCCUUACAAGCAACUGGUUAUUGAUGGUUGUGACCUCAUCAUCCCUGGCUCUGCGCUCCAUUGGAUUCCUGCUUCGCAACUCGCGGUUGGGACUGCAAUGACUGUCAGUACGUUGCUGCAGCUGAGCGACAUUUGGCCAAAGACACAGGCGCAGGCUGCGUCCACUUCAGCACAGAAAAAGCAAGCCUAAGUUCUUUAAUCUCUCGUGGCGGAAAACACCGCCUCAAGCUGUUCUUGGGAGAUAUCAGCGCCCCCCAUGUUCAGAGGCUGGAUAAGAAAAGAGACGGUCCUGAAUGGAACCAGCAUCAGAAGGGUUGCCCUCCCAGGAACUGGCAAGUGCCCGCCAAAGAUCACUUCACGUGGCCUUAUCAUUAUAGAUCUCGGAACGGAUCAAUAGAACAGUCUGGAAAUUAUGCACAGUCUUGGUUGCGUUUUUAGAUAAGAGCAAGUUCAGCUAGGCCAUAUGGCUCUCUCUUUUCUUUGGGUGCGUCCAGCUUCAAAGGCAGAUCGGUUUAUCAAACGUUAUCGAAAUUUCAGUGCCACAAAGCCUCUCGAAAAUGGCCUUGUUCAUUCUAUCCCAAUUCAGAAAUCAAGUC